GAUAAGUCUUAUCUAGUUAUUUCAGUUAGUGUUUUGCAAUGGCUGCUGCUGCCUCACCCAUUUUCUAUCUCCACCCAUUCAAAACCACUCUGACUCCAUCCCUUCACAAACACAAACCCAUCUCCAUCAAAUGCACCUUAGAUCAGCCACCAGACUUCCCCUCACCGGACGACUCCGCCACCACAAGCCCGGAGACCUUCCCCAUCGAGAAACGCCGGCGAUCCGAAAUCAUCCGAGACCGAAAAUCUAAAGGCCUUGUAAAACCCGAACCACCCAAUUUUGAAAUCGGAUGGAAGCGAACGGUGCCGAUUCCGUUGGAGAAGCCUACAGGGUAUGUGAUUAUGGAUUUUCUUGAGAAGUUGGAGGAGUUGAUGGAUAAGGAGUACGGAUCGACCGCCUUGUUAGCCAAGGUAGGGGAGAUAGUGGCGGAGAGAGCGAGAGAGGAGGCGGAGGUGUUGCGAGAUGACGGGAAGGUGGAGGACAGGAUGGUGACGGAGCUGUUUCGGGUUUUGAAGCUCAUGGAAAUGGAUUUGGAGAUGGUGAAAGCUGCUGUGAAAGAAGAGACAUUGAAUGAGAGGAUUCAACAGGCUAAAGCCAGGUGCCGACAGGCCAUUCUUGUUGCUAAUUCCUUUUGAUAAUAUUAUUCUACGUGACAUUCGUUAUAAAAAGUUAUCACUAGAGUUUAAUGUUACAUGAUUAAGCCUAAAGUUAUUUUGUGUAUUAUUAUAUUAUCAUCCUUACACC